AUCUGUGCCCUGCUCUUUGCCAGCCUCUACAUCCUUUGCCACUUCAUCAUAACCCACUUCAAGAAGCACACGGACUUCGCAGCAGUUCAUGAUGACGAGGAUGCUGCUGUCAACAGGAUUGCACUGGGGCUGUGCACCUUCACGCUGGCCGUGGCGCUGGGCGCCGUCCUCCUGCUGCCCUUCUCCAUCAUCAGCAACGAGGUGCUGCUCUCCUUCCCCCAAAACUACUACAUCCAGUGGCUGAAUGGCUCCCUCAUCCAUGGCCUCUGGAACUUGGUCUUCCUCUUCUCCAAUCUGUCCCUUGUCUUCCUCAUGCCCUUUGCCUACUUCUUCACCGAGUCGGAGGGCUUUGUGGGCUCCAAGAAGGGCAUCAUGGCCAGGGUGUACGAGACGUCGGUGGUGCUGCUGCU